AUGCCUCCUCUGACCACCAUUGCGGAGCUUCUCCAAAGCCUCCUCGAGCCGUGGGCUCCUCAUCGGGGUCUCGGCAAUGUGCGUCUACCACGUGGCCGCCUGGCCCUCCCUCCCGCGCGACUUGAACCGGCUGCUGCCGCCAGCCUUUCUCGACGACCUGUUCGCAAACGCGCGGGCGGCGCUGGGCCCGCAACCAACAGCCAGGGCGGAAGAGGUCGUCGCCGUCCUGCUGCAAGGCAGAGUAGGAGCCGCCGCAUCCGGCGACUGGGCCCACGUUCUCGCGGGCGUUGCGCCGGCCCGUGGGACGAGUUUGAUCUCGCAGCGGCGCCUGAUACGCCCUCUUCUGCGGCUCUGCCGCACGUCGUCGGUGUUCUUGGCCAAGUAAGUCGUCGACUUGGUUGUGAUGAGCACAGCGCAGCGGAGCAUGGCGUGGGCGUCGGUCCGUUUCACGUGGCUAUUUGGCGCGUCUAG